AUGCCCGGCGGGUACCCUUACCACCACCACCACUUCCAGCUCAAGGAGAUACAAGGUCACUUAUCCACCCAGUUAUGGAACGAAGUGGUUGAAGAGGUGCGCGGCGACUUCUCGCCCGAGGACGUCCUCCUCCCGCCCGAACCCGACGACGAGCAUGUCGUCCACUCGCCACCUGGGCUAGGCGAGUCUCUGCGCACCCUCUCGGACGUGCACACUCAGGAGCAGAGCCUACAGGAGCUGCUCCAGCUCACGUCGCCGCCAGCCGUGCCGCGCCCGCUUACGGCUUCGCCUUCCCCCGGCACCGAGACGCCACCGUCGAGCGACCCCGCCACCCCGACCGACCUGAGUGACUCGUCGAUGCACAUUGACCUGAACUUUGACGACUUCGACGUUGAGGACGUCGACGCGAGUGGUGGCAACGGAAUCCUCCUGCCCGAGCCCCGGCCCACUCGCACCCCCUCCCCUCCACACCCACGCGACUACAUGCUCAUGCUGGUACGCUUCGGUAUCUGCCAGGUUCGCCCACACGAGCACCGCCCAGGCCCUCCUCCCCCACCCGGCCUGAAGCCCAGCAUCAUGGGAAGCGCGUACCUCGCCGACCUCGUCUCGGUGGCGAGCGACUUUUCGGAGGUUCUGCACACGAGCCGCCCGAAAUCGGCCACAAAGGCUGUGGCAUCGAGACCUGCAGAGUAUGGGGCUGCAGAAGACAUUGCCCGUGCCAUGGCGCUGGGGCACGCCCACUGCGCCCUGUAUGACCUGUUUGACGCGGACGUGCGCAUUGCACCCAACAGCACGUACGAAGAAAUAAUUGGCGGUCUCUUGUCGGCGCUCGUGGACGGGCCUGUGAUGAGUUACUCUGCAUCGACUGGUACGGGUGUGGCAGUAUUGGAGUUGCUUCAGCUCGGCAACUUAAUCACCUCUCGCCCGGCGUUGGCGAUGGGUGUGCGUCCUGACUCCAUUCGACUUCCUCUGAACAGAGACACGUCCAACAACGAGUCUCAGUGCGGGUGGGAUCUCGUUGUCCCGAUGCUCAGUGCUGGGGUUGCGUGGGGCCCAUCGCCAAACGCCGAAUCGGAGGGAUGGUUCCCUUGGUUGUUCAUCGAGCCGCUCGGCCUUCGUGGCGACCAGGCGGCCGCAAAUGUCCGACUGUUCACUGCCAUGCGCGUGGCCCUUGGUAUCUACAGCAAGCUCUUCAAAGCCGCCCAAACGGUCAAGCCCGUGUUCACCCAGCCACGCGCACAUGUUACAACCGUGGUGUACGGCCUCCAGACCUGUGGCGUCAUGUGGCGUCUCUUUGCCAUGGUCGACAAGGACAAUGAGACUUUUCCCGUCAGCACAAUCUGGAGUGGCAACGUUGAGGAGCCUGAGAGCAUGGCCCGUGCCGUCGGAGUACUGCGCAAGAUUUCGCACGAAGUCGAGGAGCGGCUCCAGUGCAUCCGUAACUGGAUCGCCUGCGUGUGUGGCAUUUUCGGCUCCUCGAAGCUAAUUACGCCAUCUCGCAAGGCGGGCAGUGACGCCUUAGCUGCAAUGUUCUCCAGCCCCACCUCGAGGCUCAAGCGUCCUCCUUCGGCUGUUCGCAUCACAGAGCCCAUGCCUCUUCGCUCUCCGAUUGCUGCGGCAGUCCUGAAGAAGUCUCCCGAGUUCGGCCCUCCAGGUUUUCCCGUCACACUCAAGCAUUCCCGCGACAACUCGACAUCGACGCCUUUGUCUCUGGCCCCAGGUUCUCCCAUUCCUUCUCGCCAGGACAGUCCUGCUGAGAAGAAGUUCAGGCCAUGGGUUCCGCCGUUUCAGCCCCGUGCCGCCUCGGCUGCGCCAUCCUUACCGACACGUCAGCCCGUCCGCCCUCCGCCCGGGUUUGAGAACGUCUUCUCCCACCCCCCACCUCCUCCUCCGCCCCCUGGCCUUGUUGGGCACUGGGCUCCCGCACCUGUCCUGUACAUGGCUUCAAACGUCAACUGGUCCAACAACGGACAGUACAACACGUGGGGCUUUGGGAACCAAGGCCCUCCUCACGCUCAUGACCCCUACCCGUAUGGCCAUGCGGGGCAGCCCUCGCAGUCAUUCUUCGGGCCCGUCGGCGGCUUUGCCUACCCCGACCGCCGGCAAGGCGCUCCUCAGAUCAGUGGCGGGCCAUCGAUGCCAAUUGGGCCUGGUCCCAUUGGAUCACGAGCGCCGAGUUACGCCACUGUGGCGAGCAAGAAUGCAAACUACCGCAAUGGCGGCGGGAGGAUCGCCUCGUAA